CGGAGCAUGUGACCACGUGAGAUAGUCCAAAACUCCAAUCCCAAUGUCGAAGACGCGGGCCGUAGCGGUGGCGGUGCUAACAGUGUAAAGGCGGUUGUCGCGAUAUAGGACAUGGCCGUGCAGUACAUCAGUGUCGCAUUAUUAUCGUUGUGAUCUCGUUCGUAUAAGUUUACGCGCAAAUAUAUAUACACACACAGACCAUCUCACACGUAUAAAACAUAUUUAUAUACACAAAAUACACACACACACACACAUAUAUAUAUACAUUAAAACGCGCGCGAGCACAUCAAUCUAUGCGAUCGUGGUAAAGUUCCUAUAAAAACAAACGUCACUCGGAUUGAUAGCGGACGCAAUAAAUAAUUCAGUGAUCCUUUUUAUCCGUUCCAUCUCAUCCUUCGCUUAUCUGUCGAAUACCGAAAAACCUCGUGAAAUUCCCUCUACAACGAGUUAGCCCGCGCGUACCGGCACUCCGUAACGAGGAACGACAUCGCUGUCGUCGUCGCGAGUGCAAAUAACAGUUCUAAGUACCUGUGGCUGCUGCUGCUGCUGCUUCUGAAACAGUAUAUCUAAUAUUUAAUAUUGUUUAUACGUAAACAAUUGUGUUUACAACUAUUAGUACUGCUGCUGCUGCUAUUGGUAUACUAUCAUUACUUCUGUUAGGCUCCUUGGGUUAGGUACAUUUUCUUUCUUCGGUUAUAGUUUCUUGCGUUGUAGUGGUUUUUGUUUUUUUGCAAUCAAUUUAUAUUAUUUACAUAUAUACUUAUAUAUAUGCAUUAGUAAAAACUACAAGUAACAAGUGAUACAUAUAGUUUUAUUAAAUUUACGGACAUGUAUUCUGAUUUUAUAGAGUCACCGUCAAAGGACUGUUUCUCAUUUAAUGAUCAAUCAUCAUCGUCAUAUGAUAUGGCAGAGGUGAAUGAGAUUAAUAAUCAAACAAAUUUGGAUUAUAUUUUUGAUUCCUAUUAUUCAUCUGUAUCACAAUAUAAUUCAAAUUUUGGACUUCCAGAAGACUGUAAAAAUAUGAGUUUUUCAGAACUAUUUGAUCAAGAAUUAUUUAGUACUAAUGAAAAUAAAGACUGUAAAAUUACCAUUAAAAUAGAAGAAGAAGAACCAUCAUCUAUUCAAUGUUAUUCUGUUGAUGAUUCUCAAGAUAUUAUUGGCCAUCAAAUUUCAACGCAAAUUGAAGAAAAUAUUUCUCCUUUGACUUCAUUACCUAAAAGUUUUGCUCCUAAACGAGGUAUUAAUAGAACGUCUAUUAAAACCACUGACAGCUGUGAUGUUAAACAGCUUAUGUGUAAUCCUUUUUUUGAAACAGAUGAUCUAGAUAUUGAUAAAAUAUCAGUAAAAGUUGAAAACCCUAGUAUAAAACUUGAACCUGAAUAUACUGAUGAUACUAUUGUUGGAAUGGAAGUAAAAUUAUGUUGUUCUACAGAUGAUUCACAAAAUUUAAUUAACAAACCUAAUUUGGUAAACAUUGAAGAUGGUCAUACAUCUUUAAUGACUAAAACUUCUACUGAAUCUACAGAAAAUUGUAAUAUUAAACAUGAAAUUAACAAUUCUUUUUAUACUCACAACAAUCUUAAUAAUGAUAAAAAUUCAGUGGUAGUUAAUUCAUCUACUUUAAAACUUACAACCAAACAUUUCAAUGAUGAUGUUGAACAAAACAUUGUUAAAAUGAAAAAUCAACAGCAUUAUGUUGAAAAUACAAUUGAUAGUAAUAGUAUUUUAAUAAUGAAUGAUAAAGUUCGAUCAGAAUUAUCAAAAAAUACUAUUUCAAAGCCUCAAGAUAUUGUUAGAACUUCUGUAAAAUCUACAGCAAAAUCCAAUGUUAAAAAUUUUAUGUUUAACUCAUGUCAUUCUUUACAAGAUAAUAAAAUGUCAAUAAAAAACAAUCAAUCUAUUACAAAAUGUAAACUGAAAAAUGUCAACAAUAAUAUCAAACAUAACAUUAAAACAGAAAUCCAUUCAAAUAAUUUUGCUGGCGAUUUACAACAUAUGAAUAACAGUAACAUAAAUGUUAUAAAUGAAGAUGAUAUUGCAUCUCCAUCAUCAAGAAUUUUAAUUCAAAAGUGUCCAGGCAUUUAUAAAACCACUUUAAAACCCAUUAAAAAUUGUGAUGUAAAGCAUCUCAUGUACAACACACUUUGUCAAUCAAAAAAACUAAAGCUUGAUCAGAAAACAAUUGAAAUUAAUACAUCUUUUAUAAAAUGUGAAUCUGAAGACAUCAAUUAUACUAUUGAUCAGAAUGUAAAUGAAAAAGAAAUUCAACCACAUUAUUCUCAAAAAAAUACAACUCAUAAUCAUAGUAUUUUAAAAAUCGAAGAGAAAGUUCCAUCUCUUUUAUCUAAAAAUGUUAUUCCUCAGCGCCAAGUUAAUUCUAGAAAGUCAUUAAAAUCUCAAUGUUCUAAUGUUAAAAAUCUCAUGUUUAACCCUCUUUGUACAUCACAAAAUCAAGGAAAUAAUAAAAUGCCUAUAAAAAUCAACCUAUCUACUGCAAAGUGUGAACCAAAAUAUGUCAACAGUAAUAUUGAACAAAAAAUUGAACCAGAACUCCAAUCAUAUUAUUCUACUGAUGAUUUACAAUACAUAAAUAACAGUGAGAUAAAUAUUAAAGUUGAAAAUAAUAUUGUGUCUUCAGUAUCAAAAAGUUCUCCUAAGUAUAGAGACAUUAACAAAAGUUCUUUAAAAACUACUGAAAACACUGAAAUUAAACACCUUAAGUUCAACAAUCUUUGCCAAACAAAAAAUCUAGGACUUGACCCGAAAUCCGCAAAAUUCAAUAGUCUUUUUGUAAAAUCUGAAUCUGAAGACAUUUAUAAUACUAAUGGACAAAAAAUUGAUGAAAUCAAUGUAAAAUCAUAUUGUUCAUCGAAUGGCUUACAAAGUGCAACGGACCAUCAUAAUUUUGUUAAAGUUGAAAGUUCUGUUCUAAAAUAUCAAGGUAUUAAUACAACUCCUGUCAAAAUGAUUAAAAACUGUGAAGUUAUAAGACCGAAACCCAAAAAUAUCAAUGAUAUUAUUCAAAAAAAAAUUGUUAAAAUGGAAGUACAAACAAAUGAUAAAAACUUGAAUAAUGAAAAUAAAAUAGAAUAUGAUGUUCCAAAUGAAAUUUGUAGUCUAUAUUCUAGCGACACAAUUAUUGAAAGUGUUAAUUCACAAAAUUGUAUUCUUAAAAAUGAAUUAAACUUGGAAACUGAGAAAAAGAAAAUUUCUAUGGAAGAAUAUAGAGCUAAAAGAGGCAAAAUAAGCUUGUUAAAAAAUACUUCAGAAAAUAUUACAGAGUCUACAACAGAACUAGUUGAAACAGAUAAUGGUAAAUUAAAAGCUAUUAAAGAAGAAUUUGAUCGGAACACGAAUGAACAUUUCAUUGGCCAGAAAAGAAAAAUUGAAGAUGAAGAUCAAAGUCCUGUAUCGAAAGAAAUAAUCAAUGAAGAGGAUAAAGAAUUACAAACAAAGCGAAUGAAAAUUGAAUAUAUUAAAAAACUCUUACCAUCAUCGUUUGCAUCAGAAAUAGCAAAAACCUCAAGUUUGAUGAAGGGUACAUUAGUUGAAGAUAAUGAAAAUGAAAAUAACUCUGAUAAUUUAAUUAUGUCCUAUGAUAAAACACAAAGAAAAUAUACAGAAAUGUAUAAUGAUUUAGAAUAUUCAAAAAAAGAGGAAAAAUCUCAAAGAAAAGGUUACCUAAACAAAACUCAUCCAUUUUAUCGUAGUUCAAGGUCUGACUAUAGUAAUAAAAGUGGUCGAUCUUCAUCUUCAUUAUCAAAUUCUGAUGAUUAUUACAAUCGUAACAGAAGUGAUUCUCCACAACAAAAUGGACAAUAUGGUCAGAAUGUUCGAAACCCUGCUCAAAGGUCUAAAGAACAGAAAAGGGUAGUCUAUGUUGGACAGAUACCAAUUAAAUUUGGAAAACGUUACUUAUACAGUCGGUUCGAGGAAUUUGGCUCAAUAAUAUCUCUAACGCUUCAUAAAAAACCUGAUUUUCGUGUUUAUUAUGCAUUUGUAACAUAUUCCGAUAAAGCAGAAGCUGAACGUGCUAUCAAUCAUGGAAAUGAUGAUAGAAGUCAGGUCCAGUUAGAUAUUAGGUUUGGAGAACGAAAACAAACUCAAACUCCUUACUAUGAUUUAGAUGAUGAAUGGUUAACCGAUUGGUAUGGAUACAACUCACCUGUACCGGUUGUGAGAGCUAGAAAUAGUCCUGAAAAAGUUUCUUUUCAAGAAGAAUUGGAAGAAUUUUAUAAGCUUGCUCAAAUUAAGAAGUUAAAUCAAAAGUCAUCUCAAAUCUCUUGACAUAAAUUUUUUAUUUUAUUUCACCUUGUAGUGUUGGAAUAUAAUUGUAA